AUGGUAGAUAGCCUAAUUAAUGUUGAGAUUUCUGAAGAAUUUGAUCCUCAGAUCCCAAAGAUUUUACCUCAUGAAAGGAUAUAUUCAAUUCAAGUUGGAUAUAAAUUAUUCAAGUUAAGCGGUGCUUCAUUAUCAUCAGAUGCACCUUCCUACUUUUCGAGAUUCUUCUUACAGGAAGGAAAUAAUGAUAAAGUCCUAUUUAUCGAUAGAAAUCCAUUGAUAUUCGAAAAGAUAUACCAGCAUCUACAAGGGUAUCAAAUAAGCGUUGAUAAUGAGUACGAGUUUGUUCAUUUAUUACUGGAUUGUUAUUAUUUUGGAUUGAAAAGAUUACAACGAAUUUUAAAAGAUGAAGAUAUUUUUGCUACUAUAGGUAAUAGACCUUUUAAGAUUUCAAAGAGUUUGCUAGUUAACAGUGGAAACUACCCAAAUUUCUUCAGCGUCAGCUACGAAAGUAUGCUCACGGAUAACUCAAAAAUAAUAGAACAAAGAAAUAUAAUUCGACCUCCUCCUCAAAAGCCUGCUACGGUUAAUUCCAGGUCUCCUGAGCUUUUCAAUGACCUAUUAGAAUUUUUAAGAGGUAAUUCCUUAGUUAUCAAGAACGACGAACAUAGGAAUUUGUUAAUGAAAGAAUGUAAAUAUUAUCGCUUCCUUGAAUUGGAACAGAGAAUUAUUAAACAUAAAGUAAUUAAUAACCCAUUUAAUAGUUUUACAAACCAAGAGAUUAUAAUUGGACUUAAUGACCUAAACGCUAAAGGAAUAAUACGUGAUCCGUCCAUUAAAGAUGCAAAUGGUGAUUAUCCUAUCCAAUAUCAAAGACCUUUCAUAUUAAAAGAACCGAAAAGAACACUCAUAAUGCAAUUGGACUCUGAUUUUUCUGAAUUAUCGAACAGAAACUUUUCCGAAAUUAAGCUUAUUUUGGUUAAAAAGUUCAAUAUAGUUAUGGUUCAAUUGACCAACUCCUUGUGCCAAAAAUUCCUUCUGCUAUUUAGACACACAGAAAGCUUUUUGAUAGAAGAUUUAGAAUCUGGAACACCAUCCAUUUGUAUCAUCACAGAAAUAGGUAACUGUAAGACAGUUAUGAAUGGCAUGGAAAUGAAAAAAACCUGGGUGUCUGAAAUAUUAGAUAAUAUUUCGUCAUCAUCAAAAUCUCAAGAAUUGAUUGAAGAUUCGCUAAGUACGAAAAAAAGGAAACUAUCUAAUGAAAUAAAAGGCGAUAAAAUCGAAUUUAAGUUAACUAAGUCAUUAUGGAAAUUAAUACUAACAGGAACAAAACUAAGACUACAGGGUGUCUCUAUCGAAGGGGUUACUGAUUCAAAAUCAUUUGACGAACACAACAUGGAAUUUUUAUAA